AUGAAGGCAAUUAAGAGAUGGUUUAAGGAAUUCUUUCUAUAGAAUUAAAUUUAAGAACUAUAUUAAAAUGAGUCGUCUUUAAAUAGUCUGACACUUUAGUUUAUUUCAUCAGAAUUGGAAUAAUGUUAUUAAAAUCGAUAAAUGACUAAGGUUAUUGUAUAAUUUAGGAUUUCUCUAAUUCUUCAAAUACUAAUAAAUGUAGUUUACAUUGUUAAUACUCAUUUGAUAUAUCAAUAACUUGAGAUAGUGAAGUAUAGAUCGAUAUAUAUAAUUUCGAUUCUAAUUUCUCUUAUUUUAUAAAAGAUCUCAAAGAAAUAUUAGAAUGUAUUAAUCAACUUAUUGAUUUUCAUUAAUAGUGUUUUUGAUGUACUGCUUUAUGCAUAUUUCAUGAAAUUAGUUAACAAGAAUUAAGAUAAGAUUGGAGAUGUAUUAAGUAUUACAUUAAUUUCUGGUUUAUAAUAAGGAUUAUAUGCAAUAAAUUUCUUUUAUGUGUAGACUAAUUAUUUAAUAUAGAGUUUAGCCAUCACUAGUUACUUUCUUAUAUUGAUGGGAAUAUUUGAAUAAUUUUAAAAUAAUAGGUUAUGGUCUUAAUAUUUAUUAUUAUUGUUUACAUGUUAUUUGCUUAGACAAAAUGAAAAAAUAAACAGACUUAAUUAUCUUUUGAUUCACAAGACAUAAAGAAACUUAGAAGCAUAUAAAAAAUUAUUGGAUAAUAUUAUUCCAACAUCAAUUAUUAUUUUAGAAGAAAUUUAAAAUUAAGAUAGUCCAAGUCAUCAUCUAUUAAGAUCAGCAUCAAGUUAAAGAGAGAAAUUACAAACUUAAGAAUAUAAAUAAAUGAAUGUGAAUUACUUUAAUAAAAGUGCAUCUAUUCAUUUCGAAACAGAAAAUGAAGAAUUAUUAACAGAAAGACUAUAAUAAAUAGAGAUUAUUAGUAUGGACAAUUUGAUUUUAGAUAAAGAAAAUAAGAAAUUUUGGGAGAAAGUAUUAUAAUUAUAAUCAUUAAUUUAAAAAGAAAUUAAAUUAAAUACUUAUCAUUCUUUUGAUUUUUAAAUUAUUUCCUUACAUCAUUAAAUGUAGUGUUCAAGAGUAAAAAUCUAUAAUAUAAUUAUUAGUUAACUAAAUAUGAUAAAUUAUAAUUUUACGAUGUACUUGUAUAAGGUUGUAUAUGGGAUGGAAAAUAAUGUAUAAUGUUAAUCUUAAAUGAUGCUACUGAUCGUGAAUUAAGAUUAUAACAUUUAAAAGAAUUAGAUAAUUAUAAAGAUAAUCUUCUAGCAGCAGUAUCACAUGAUUUAAAAACACCUUUACAUGUUUAAAUACUAAUUACUAAUUAUAUUAAAAAUAAUUUAGAAAAUAAAGUAGUAAUCAAUAAAUUAGAAAUUUUAGGUAUUAAUUUCAUUGAUAAUAAUUAGAAAUUAUAAAGCAUUUAGAUGAUAUGUUAGCAAAUUAAUCAAUUUUAUCAACAAUGAUAAAUGAUCUUAUUGAUUAUUCAUAAAUGAAGACAUAAGGACUAAGAUUAAAUUUAACUCAUUUUGAUCUAUCUUUAUGCAUUAAAUAAAUUAAAUAAAUGUUUAAGACCCAAAUAGAAUUAAAAAAAUUAGAAUUUUUUAUUACUGAACUUCAUGAGAAGAUUAUAAUAUUUUCAGAUUAAAUAAGAUUACAAUAAAUACUUUUUAAUUUAAUCUCAAAUGCUAUAAAAUUUACUUUCUCUGGUAAAAUUUCUCUAACAAUUCAAAUCAUAUUAGUAUAAGAUACAAAAUUAAUCCAAUUUUGUGUAUAAGACACUGGUCUGGGUAUACCUACUUAGAUACAAAAUAAAUUAUUUAAGGCUUAUUCCACUUUUAAUUUAGGAAAUCAUAAUAAAUAAGGUGUUGGUUUAGGUUUAUUAAUUUCAAGAAAUCUUGUUGGAUUAUUAGGACCAAAACCAUAAAUAGAAUUAAUUUCUAAAGAAAAUUAAGGGUCUUCUUUUAGUUUUACUAUUUAUGUAAAUAUGUAAGAUAAAGAUGAACAUGAUCCAUUUAAUAUUAGCUAUGGGCUUGUAACUCCAGAAAAUGAUCCAUCUCCUAUAAAAUAAAUGCCAAGUUUUACAAUUUUUUAAUCAUAAAAGUCUCAUUAGAAAGCUAAAACACUAAUUGAUUUAUCUAAAAAUGCUAAAAAACUUUUACAUAUUUUGAUUGUAGAUGAUUCAGCUUUCAAUUUGCAUGCUCUGAAACUAAUCUUAAAAAAAAGAUUGGUAAAAUGUUAUAUAGAUGAAGCAUUAAAUGGUAAAGAAGCUGUUGAAAAAGCCUAAAAAUAAUAAUUUGAUUUAAUUUUUAUGGAUAUUAAUAUGCCUAUUAUGAAUGGUAUAGAAGCUAUUUAAUAAAUUCGAAAAAUGGAUGAUAUAAAUUCUAAUUUUUUAAAAAGAUCAAUAAUAUGUAUUUUAUCAGGUGGUAAAGAUGAUUUUGACUAAAAAUUAACAAAAAAAAUUGGAGCAGAUAUGCAUUUAGAAAAACCAUUAUAAAUAGAUGAUUUAACAUUUCUCUUAGAGAAAUAUUAAUUAUUAUGA